UCGGUCGCGGUGGUUGUGUAGGUUGAAAGUUGAGUCUCGCUCUCCGUCAGUUCUGUUCCGAUUCGCAAAGCACGUCGUCGGUUGUCCACGCAGCGUCGGAUUCCACUUCUCGUCGUUGCAAGUGUAGUGUUCUCGGUCGGCAGCUCCUAGCCUGCGUUUUUCGGUUGCUUGUUCUUCGAGUAGUUUGCGAUAUCGGCAGCCAUGGUCAACGUCCUGACCGCUCCGCCCGUAAUCGGCUCGCCGAAUACGGUACCAAAGUCUGCAGCCCAUGGGAUGCCGCCGACGCCCAUCAAGGUUGAAGCCAGUCUCCAGCUCACUUCAUCGACUACCACCGCACCCCUUCCGGCAACCUCUACCUUCCUUCACCGCCGCGAGUCCGAUUCUUCUGUACUCAGCACCACCGAGGAAGGCGGCAGCCGCCGGUCAUCGGGCGCAUCAUCUUUCUUGAACGAUGGGUCGAGCUCCGCGGCGUCGUCGUCCAACCUGUGCUGCGUGUUUGAGGAAGUCGAUACCGAGCAAGUCAGAUUUGGGGACCUUUCUCUAACCAGCCCGGCGCCUGUCGCCACGAUGGGCGGCGGAGGCGGUGUGAUGGAUAUGGACAUAUACAUGAUGAAUAUGAACAUUCAGAUGCAGCUGCAAAUGCACAAGGAUGCUGCUACCGCCGCAGCCACUACCGAUCCAACACUACCGCCGCAGCAGCAGAGGCAAGCGUUGCCACUCCCUCACUCAAUCCUUCGAUCUCACAGCUUUGAGUCCCUCGUUACGAGUGGAUCCCUGACGGCUGGCCCCAUGGCUCACCAGAACUCGCCGCGAGUCCGCCACGCGCCGAUGGCGAGACGUGCUUCCGCCGCCGCACUGCAUCCUAUCGUAGUCCCAACCCUCUCUGUACCCGUAUCAGGCCCGAUGCAGGCAUCGCAGGAUCCGCAACAACAACAACAGCAACAACCGUCACAAUACCAACACCCGAUGACUCCCUACCCUCGAAUGACGAGGCGGAAAUCGAACCACAUCAGCUCGACCCCGACCGUUGCAGGCAGAGUUGACCUACCACAUCUCAACACCGAAUUCACUUCAACGAAGCCGUCAAUGCGCCGUUCAUCCUUUGUUGGCAGCGAGACGUACGCAAUGGGGCGCCGCGGCUCCGCGGUCUCCGCCGGUGUCGGUACUACACCUACGCUGAAUCGAUCACACUCGCAAUUCAAUAUUAACACCUACGGCAUCCCCAACCAUGGUCCGGCGACGCCGCCGACCUCAAACAUGGCAACCGCAUACCAUCCGUACAACGGCUACCGCCAAGGCCGCAAGCGCUCGCUGGAUCACGGCACCAUUCUCCAUCAAGCGGCCCCCAAGUCGAGCGGCGAGACGUACACGCAAUACCCGGCGCAGAUGUACCUUCCCAUGUCGGCGGGUCCGAUGCACCAUCCAGGCGCGAUGACUAUGCUCCAACGCCGGUUCUCAGUGCCGUUCAUGCCGGACAUGAGCGCAUUGCCAGGAACGCAGCAGCAUCUCCACCUGCAGAUGUACUACCCGGAGGAAGUGACAUCCGCGCCUUUGUACCAUCAGCUCACCGCCCCCUACAUCCACGACGGAAUGCACACACCGCUAAUCUCGCUAUCUUCCCCAUUCGACGAUGCGUCCACACCUACUCCGCCACCGAACUCAGCGCUGUCGACGAUCUGCACUCCGACACCCACCGGUGGCAUGUACAACAUGGACACCAAUUCCGGCUACCUCGGCUCGCCCGCAUUGGCAUCCGCCGCCGACGGACCAUUCGAUCCUUCGUCAGUUUUUGCAGUCCCAUCACCGCUGCCCAUUGAGAAGUGGGACAUGAUAUCAACUGGUGUUCUCUCCGCGGCGUCUUAUGAAGACCACCACCACCAUAAUGCGCUCGGGCUCGAUUCUGCGACAUCAACCGCCCUGUUCUCGCCGGAUAAGAUGUUGACGGAUGGUUGGGGCGACGGGUAUUGCUGGAACAUAACGUCGGCGACGACGAGCGCUACAAUCUCGGCAGGUGGGGUUACCGCGGACGACCAUGGCGGCGCCGCGUGCCCACCGCUUCUGUACGAGAGCGGCGAGGAAGUUGGAGCGACGAGGGGCGACGGCUACUACUACGGUGAGGAGGAGGAAGAUGAAGACUAUGCGCGGGCUCGCCAUGACGCUAUGGGCAAAGAAACGCACACGUGCGACGCCAAUGGAUGUGGGAUGACGUUCGACACCGAGACGAGCUUCAACGCCCACGUCAAAAUGCAUGCACCGCCGGCGACGCGCCAGCAACAACAGGUGGAUCGUCGCUCACAUGUCUGCGAAGUUUGCCAGCGUGCAUUCGUUCGUCGCCAAGAUCUUAAACGCCACUCAGCAACGCACUCCGCGACUUUCAAGCCAUUUAACUGCUACAACUGUGCGACCACUUUCACCCGUUCUGAUGCCUUGCACCGCCAUAUCAAGGCCAGGCGCUGUCUGUGAGCGCAAUUCCAUCAUGGGCGGUCUCACCGCCCUCUAUGCCGUAUGACGCAUCA